UGGUUUCUUCCCUGCAAAUUCACAUAUUAAUACCUUCUCAUGGAGAAACAAAAGUCUCCCAGCAACGUCCCUAUCAUCAACCUUCCCAACAAAUUCCCCGAUCACCCCACCGCCUCCAACACCCCCACAGUACGUCCUGGAGGCGGAUGGAAAGCAGCCAUCUUCAUAAUAUUCGUGGAGGUUGCUGAACAAUUUGCCUCUAUCGGCUUGUCCAGCAACCUCAUCAUGUAUUUCACCACUGUCUUCCACGAACCGCUGGGCGUGGCGGCAAAGCAAGUCAAUAACUGGGUCGGGGUCUCCGCCGUGUUCCCAUUACUUGGCGCCUUCGUCGCUGACUCGCUACUCGGCCGGUUCAAAACCAUAAUCAUAGCCUCUCUCAUAUUCUUUUUUGGAAUGGUGGUGUUGACGGUAUCGGCGACUGUGGUGGGAGACGAUCACCGGAAGGCGGUGUUUUUCUUGGGACUGUACAUUUUAUCGGUGGGACAAGGGGGUCACCGGCCAUGUGUGCAGACGUUCGCCGCCGAUCAGUUUGAGGAGGGGACGCCGGAGGAGAGGAAGAAGAAAAGUUCGUUCUUUAAUUGGUGGUAUGUGGGCCUUGUGGGGGGCUCCACUUUCGCUGUCUUUGUGGUUAUUUACGUUCAGGAUAAUAUCGGAUGGGGACUAAGUUUUGGAAUUCUAGCCGGAGUUUUGGCGGCGGCGAUAGUUCUAUUUUUGGCCGGAGUGAAGAAGUACAGACGCCAAGUUCCGGUUGGAAGUCCGUUGACGAGAAUAGCCCAGGUGGUGGUGGCGGCGGCGAGGAAGUGGGGUGUGGACGAGACGCGCCAUGAAUGGAGAGUGUGUUACGAGGAAGACAACCACGCCAAAAAUGAGGGGGAAGGUCAACACAAUCUUAUGACUUUGGCUCGCACAAACCAAUUCAGGAUUUUGGAUAAGGCUACGUUGAUAGACAAAGAGGACGAGGCGAGGAAGAAGCGGGACCCAUGGCGGCUGAGCACGGUGGGGGAGGUGGAGGAGGUUAAGUUGGUGGUGCGGCUGAUACCGGUGUGGGUGAGUUGUUUAAUGUUUGCAGUGGUGCAAGCUCAGAUCCAUACCUUCUUCACAAAGCAAGGCUCCACCAUGCUCCGCUCUGUCGGCCCACACUUUCAGCUCCCGCCGGCUUCUCUUCAAGGUGUCGUCGGCCUCACCAUCCUUCUCACCGUCCUCUUCUACGAUCGCGUUUUUGUCCCCGCCGCCAGAAACUUUACAGGCCACCACUCCGGCAUAACAGUGCUACAAAGAAUAGGAAUGGGCUUGUUCAUCUCCAUCCUCACCAUGGGCGUGUCCGCCCUGGUAGAGGCCAAAAGGGUAACCAUUGCUGCCGAGCACGGUCUCAGCGACACCCCAAAAGCAACGGUUCCAAUGACGAUCUGGUGGCUAAUCCCACAGUACAUGCUGUGCGGUGUGUCGGAUGCCUUCGCCAUAGUCGGUCUCCAAGAACUUUUCUACGACCAAAUGCCCCAAUUCAUGCGGAGCUUAGGUGCAGCGGCAUACAUAAGCAUCAUCGGGGUUGGAAACUUCCUGAGUAGCGCGAUCAUCUCGGUUGUCCAGGCCGGGAGCGGGGGGAGAUGGCUGGACGACAAUCUGAACCGUUCAAAUCUACAUUACUUUUACUGGGUAUUGGCUGCAUUGAGCGCAUUGAAUUUGUGUGGGUAUGUUUGGAUUGCCAAUGGUUUUGUGUACAAAAGAGUUGGAGGGAAUAGAUCAAUUAACGGUGAUGAUGGUGAUGUGAAGAACAGUAAUAAUAUUAAUGGGUGCUAUGGGGAUGAUAUGAUUUGAAGAAUAAUUAAUAAUAUUGUAGGAUAUGAUUAUUAGAGAGAGAAUAUUAAUUAAUUAUAAUCUCUGUUUUCUUUAAUUUACUAGUUAAUUGUUAGAGUUUGAAUUAAUUUAGAGGUCCCUAAUUGGUUUGUGUAUCGUUGGGAUAUGAUCAUUAUGUAAUUAUGGUUAAUUGAAAAAUUAAUAAGCAUUCAUAUUAUAGUUUGCAUA